UUCAGUAUAUAUAAAGAUGAUCUGGACGUUGUAAUACUGUCAUCAGACAAGAUGAAGGUGAUCUGUGUGUUCUUCUGUCUUUUCAGUGUGGCUGUGGGCACAUCAGUGCUUCAAUUGGCUAACGAUCUUAAUGCCAGGACGUUCGCCUCUCUGGUGGCCAAGGCUGGACUAUCACAUCCACUAAACACUCAAGGACCAUUCACUUUAUUCGCCCCUACUGAUGCUGCAUUUGCCAAAGUUCCCAGUGACGUCAUGACAAAACUUUCCCACGAUAAAGAUUUACUUACUAAAGUUAUCAAGUACCACGUGACCGCCGGCAAACAAUUGAUGUCACAUUUUGCAAACGACAUCGAAAUUGGAUCAUGGGCAAAUGGAUACAAAAUAAGGAUAAAUCGAUACCAAAAUGGACAGGUGGUGACAGCAACCGGAAGUAAAAUCAUAUCUCGGGAUAACAUGGCUACAAAUGGAAUUGUUCAACUUCUCGAUAACGUCAUGUUCCCACUUCCAGAAUCUAGCAUUUUACAAUACUGUGCCUCUAACCAGAACCUCACCCAGCUCACGUACUCAUUUGUUAGAGCCAACCUUCAAUAUGACGUCGAAGGGGGGCCGUUCACAGUGUUUGCUCCAAUAGAAGCUGCUUUUGACGCCUUGCCAACAGGAUUCCUCAACACCGAGUUCCUUACACUUUCUGCCUCUAGAAAUUUGAUGCAGUAUCACUACAUAAAAGGCACAUAUUACAGCGCCGGUCUGACCGACGGAGAACAUAUCCCAACCGUGCAGGGAACGGAUGUCGUCAUUCAUACGAACAAAACUGGGGUCAUGGUUGAAAAUGCCAAGAUACUACAAGCAGACAUUACAGUUACAAACGGGGUAGUCCAUAUCAUAGACAAGGUGUUACUGGUAACCAAUCACGUGAGCGGGGAAUCUGAACCUUCUUCUAUAGGAUAGUCUGACUGCGUCAUCAACUUCCCACCCACGCCGUCUUCAUCUUCCCAUCCACGCCAUCUUCAUUUUGCCACCCACGCAUCGUGUAUAUAAAUCCAUGUUCAUUUCAUUUUAACUAUAAAUGGUUUUGUACUUGUGUAACAUAAAUUAAAAUGGCUAGAUAUCUGAGUUCAAAGAAA